AUGACUCGAUCGCAUACCUUCAUGAGCUCCAGAUUGCUUAACUAUAAUAAUUUAAGGAAAAUAUUUGCUUUGCUGGGGCCAAACGGAGCUGGUAAAACCACAUUAAUCAAGAUCAUUUUAGGGCAAUUAGCGUUGAAAUGUGGUACAAUACAUGUCUAUGGUGAAUGGUCAGGUUUUAAAAGUUCAGGCAUAUGUGGCCCUGGUGUUGGUUAUAUGCCACAAACGUUGGCACUUUUCAAUGAAUUCACAAUCAGUGAAAUAAUCAAUUAUUAUGGAUUGUUAUAUCGUAUGAAUUGUGUUGAAAUUAACUAUCAAUUGGAAGGUUUGCGUCGUUUAUUAGAUUUGCCCGAUUUGUCGAGACUUAUCGGUGUAUUAAGCGGUGGCGAACAGCGCCGGGUGUCGAUCGCCAUAACAAUGUUACACAAACCCAGACUCGUUAUAUUGGAUGAGCCCACUGUUGGUGUGGACUCUCUGCUCAGGCAUAGGAUAUGGCAAUACUUGGAGGAUAUAUGCAAUAAAAAUGGCCAAACAGUGAUAAUAACAACACAUUAUAUAGAAGAGGCCCGGAGUGCACAUAACGUGGCGUUUAUGAGAUCCGGCGCUGUAUUGAGACAAUCAAAUCCCCAACAAUUGAUGGAUGAAUACGAGUGCCCGACACUGGAGGACGUGUUCCUACAGUUGUGUCACUCAACGGAAAACACCGUUGCUUUGAGACAAGACUUGAAUAAAUGGGAAAGCAAUGCAGACAUCGAUUUAAAUAAUAAUAACAUUUUGACAACAAAUGAAACAAAUAUUAAGUACAAUAACAAUGCGUUCAUUGAUUUUCAACGUAUAAAAGCAAUGCUAAUAAAGCAAUGGAUUGCUAUCAAAAGGAGACCGCUAUUCAUGUGUGCAUAUUACACCCUGGUCAUUAUAUCGAUGGCCUCAAUGAACAUUUAUAUUUCCAAUGAUAUAAAACACAUACCAAUUGCCAUAUAUAAUGGUGAUGUAGACAAUAUAGAUCAAUUAUCUCUGUCUAAUCUGUUUAUUAAUUCAAUUAAUGAUAAAAAUAUGCGGAUAUCUCACUACACAUCCAUUGAUAGCGCCGUUCAGUCGGUAACAAAUGGUGACAAUUAUUUGGCGCUUGAAUUUCGGACCAACUUUUCAGACAAUUUUGAGUCACGAGUGGUCGACAUGUUUGACACCAGCGAUGAUGUACUGAACAAUAGUGCUAUCAGAAUGUACAUUGAUUUAUCAAAUCCUCUAAUAAGCAUAAUGAGCAUUAAAUAUCUUAUAAUUGCACUGAAUACAUUUAUGAACGAUCUAGGGCAAAUGCUCAACAAAACUAAUAUCUAUCAAUUAACAACUGCGUUAAAUGUACAUGAAGUGCUACAUGGUAAUUUAGUAGAUUUUAUGUCCACAUUUAGCUACGUGGGUCCAGGUCUACUAUUAGCUAUCACAUUUACCAUGCCUAUGGUUUUAUCGGCAUUUCUGCUUGAUAAAUCAGUUGACACAAUGAACCGGGUGUUUAUGACUGGUGUUACGGCCCAAGAAUACAUGGUUGCUUACAUGUUUAUGAACAUGGUUGCCGGUGUGGUACAAGUGCUAAUAUCGAUGGCAGUGGUGUUUGUUGUGUAUGGCGUUCAACAAUCGGGAAGUUAUUGGGAAAUAUUUUUACUUCUAUUGACCGAAGUUUUAUCAGGAAUUUCAAUUGGAUUAAUGUUUUCCCUAAUUUUGACCGACACCAUUAACGUGACUAUUUCAAUGUGCUUCUUUUUCUUUCCCAUGAUUAUAAUGUCCGGUAUUAUAUGGACUGUGGAGGCAAUUCCCAGUUAUUUCCGUUGGCUUUCUUACGCCAGUCCGUUAACAUUGCCGGUGCUGUCCAUCAAUAACAUAAUGCAAAGAGGUUGGGAUUUGACCCGACCCGAAAUAUUAACCAUGGAAUUUCUCUAA